AUGAUGAUAAUUGGUUCCAUCUCACCGUUACCGGCUCCACCUACUUCUGUUGCAACACUUUCUAAGCCUAUUGGUAUCAUACGUCCUCCUCCAGAAAUAGCAAUAAUCAUCAACAAAACUGCCGAGCACGUUGCGCAAUAUGCUCCUGAAUUUGAGAAGGUGAUCAUCAGCGACGAGAUCAAACAAAAUCGAGAUACAAAAUUCAGCUUUCUGAGUUCCUUGGAUCCCUACCAUGCUUAUUAUCAGAACAGGGUGGCCGAAAUCCGUGCUCAGCCUGAUCAGUCUUCUGAAGAGUCAGCACCAGUUGUAGAUGUUGAGGCUGGAACACCAAAGCCCGAUUUUCUCUCUAAGCCUAGACCUGAAUGCAAAGUGCCUGCACCACCAGAACCCGAAGAGUUUACUGUUCGGCUUCCUCAGGGAAUUAGGGGAGAAGAAAUUGAUGUUAUUAAGCUCACAGCACAAUUUGCAGCUCGGAAUGGGGAGUCUUUUUUGGCAGGAUUGAGAGACAGAGAGAGGAGCAACCCUAUGUUCUAUUUUCUCAAUCGUAAUCAUAGCUUGUUCGAUUUGUUUACUUCUCUGAGGGAUGCAUAUAUAAAGGUGUUGAAGCCACCAGAAGGGUUGACAGAGAAGCUGAAGAAGAGCGUGGGAGACAUGACUGCUGUGCUAGGACGGUGUGUGAAUUGGCUGGAGUGGGAGCAUUAUCAAGAGCAGUCGAAGCAGAAGGCCGAAGAUGAGAUUGAGCAGGAAAGGUUACAAAUGGCUGCAAUUGAUUGGCAUGAUAGUGUUGUGGUUGAAGUACUAGAAUUUGAUGAUGAUGAUGAUGUGUAUUUACCUCCUCCAAUGACCCUUGAAGAGGUUAUAAGGAGAAGCAAAGUAGUUACAUAUAUGAAAGCAAAUGAUGAAGUCAAGGAGUCUGGAGAACAAUUAGUAGUCGUAAUGGAUUUGGAUGAAGAAGAGAUGCAGCUUGUUGAAGAGGGCAUGGAAGUAACAGAGGUGGAACAACCACCAAUGAGGAUUGUUAAGAACUGGAAGAGGCCUGAAGAGAAGAUGAUCCAAUCCAGCGCCGAAAGAGACAUGACAAUUUCCCCUAUUACAGGGGAGCUCGUCCCUAACAAUGAGAUGUCUGAGCACAUGAGGAUUUCCCCCAUUGAUCCUAGAUACAAAGAAAGGAUGUUUGCUAAGAUUCGGGAGGCUAGUCUAGUUCUUGCACAGGAUGAUGAGAUCUCAAGAAACAUUGUGAACCUGGCACGAACCCGUCCUGAUAUAUUUGGUUCCACGGAGGAGGAAGUUUCAAGUGCAGUCAAGGCUGAGAUUGAAAAAAAGGGAAAGCAGCAGGUCAUAUGGGACGGUCACGCUGGAAGCAUCGGCCGUGUAGCAAAUCUAGGUAUGUCACAGAACAUCAAUGGAGAGGAUGCUGCUGUGAACAAUGAGGUAAGGAGCCUUCCCGGUCCGGCGAGACCUUCAGUUCGUCCUCUUCUAACACCUGGUGCUCUUGCACCAACUCUUCCUGGUGUUCCUAUUCAAUAUCCAGGUACAAAUAACAGUGGUCUCCCUGUUCAAUUUCCAUCAGUUGGUCCUCCUGAGCCAACAAUGUUGAUGUCUGCGGCUAGUAUACCUGUACCACCUCCUCCUGCCUCUGAUUUUACAACAAUGCAAAUGGCUCAUAUGCCUCCACCUACGGUUGUAAUGCCUCCACCGCCUUUGCCUCAAGUGCGGCCACCAACACCUUCUCAUGCAGAACCUAACCCAAAGCGACAGAAGGUUGAUGAUUCAAUGCUUAUUCCAGAAGAUGAAUUUCUGGCACAACAUCCAAGGCCAAUCAGUAUCAAAAUAUAUGUUCCUAAUGUUGAUGAAGGUAACCUCAGAGGACAACUUUUGGAGAUCAUAGUGCAGUCUUUGUCUGAAACUGUUGGCAGUUUGAAAGAGAGAAUUUCUGGGGAAAUCAAGCUUCCGGCAAACAAACAGAAAUUGAGCGGAAAUCUGGGCUUUCUUAAAGACAAUUUGUCCCUUGCAUACUACAAUAUUGGCGUUGCACAAACACUAUCUCUCUCAGUGAGAGAGCGAGGAGGAAGAAAGAGAUAA